AAGGGUCCCUGGACUCCCGAAGAGAGCCAGAGGCUGGUAACGUUGGUGCGGCUCAUGGGCCCCCAGGACUGGGUCAGCAUCGCCUCCUUCAUGAGCUCGCGCAACGCAAAGCAGUGCCGCGAGAGAUACCACCAGAACCUCGACCCGUCGCUGCGGCACGACCCCAUUAGCGAGGACGAAGCCCGGGCCAUCAUGGACCUGUACGGCAGAUAUGGCACGGCCUGGGCGCGCAUCGCCGAGCAUCUGCCCGGACGUAGCGACAAUGCCAUCAAGAACUACGUCAACGGGCUCGUCAACAAG